ACCCAGGUAGGGACCAUGUCCCCUGCCAUUGCACUGGCCUUCCUGCCACUGGUGGUAACAUUGCUGGUGCGGUACCGGCACUACUUCCGAUUGCUGGUGGGCACGGUCUUGCUGCGAAGCCUCCGAGACUGCCUGUCAGGGCUGCGGAUCGAGGAGCGGGCCUUCAGCUACGUGCUCACCCAUGCCCUGCCUGGUGACCCCGGUCACAUCCUCACCACCCUGGACCACUGGAGCAGCCACUACGAGUACUUGAGCCAUAUGGGGCCUGUCAAAGGUCAGAUCCUGAUGCGGCUGGUGGAGGAGAAGGCCCCUGCCUGUGUGCUGGAAUUGGGAACCUACUGUGGAUACUCUACCCUGCUUAUUGCCCAAGCCCUGCCCCCUGGGGGUCGCCUUCUUACUGUGGAGCGAGACCCACGCACAGCAACAGUGGCUGAAAAACUCAUCCGCCUGGCCGGCUUUGAUGAGCACAUGGUGGAGCUCAUCGUGGGUAGCUCAGAGAAGGUGAUCCCGUGCCUACGCACCCAGUAUCAGCUGAGUCGGGCAGACCUGGUGCUCCUGAUACACCGGCCACGAUGUUACCUGAGGGACCUGCAGCUGCUGGAGGCCCAUGCCCUACUGCCAGCAGGUGCCACUGUGCUGGCUGACCAUGUGCUCUUCCCUGGUGCACCCCGCUUCUUGCAGUAUGCUAAGAGCUGUGGCCGCUACCGUUGCCGCCUCCACCACACUGGCCUUCCAGACUUCCCUGCUAUCAAGGAUGGCAUAGCUCAGCUCACCUAUGCUGGACCAGGCUGA